UCCAUAUCAAAGUGGACCCCGAAGUCUGAAGUGAAAUAAUGCUGCUCUAAGAAAAAUAAAAAAGGCUCCAAGGGAGAAGCCAAGGGGAAAAUGGUGUCUAUAAUAAAAAAUCAGUUACUUAAACAUCUGUCUAGGUUCACUAAAAACUUAUCAGCUGAUAAGAUCAAUUUGAGUACAUUUAAAGGAGAAGGUGAAUUGACAAAUUUGGAACUAGAUGAAACUGUGCUAACUGACUUAUUAGAAUUGCCAUCAUGGUUGAGACUGACAAGUGCAUGGUGUAACAAAGUUUCUUUUCGCAUUCAGUGGACAAAACUGAAAAAUGUUCCUAUAUUUUUGAGUUUGGAUGAGGUUCGAAUAGAAGUGGAAACAUGUGAAGAUUUGAGAGACAUAUCUAACCCACAAGGGUUAUCAUCAUACACAGGACCUACAAAAUAUUCAUAUAUUCAUAAAAUUAUUGAUGGUAUAACUGUUGCUGUAAACACUGUUUUGGUUACUUUUAAAAGUCCUGCAUUCAUAGCCAAAGUUCAGAUGAGUCGUAUUAUGGUAGAGUCAAAGUCACCAACAUGGCAGCGAUGUGAUUUAAGAACUACAAGAGUUAAAGACCCAGAUAGAGGGCAAUUGUUAAUAUUUAAGGAAUUAGAAUGGCAAACUGUAAGAAUAGAAGCCCAAAGUACUAAAGAUAAAGACCUUACACCUCUUCGCCUUCUUACAAAUCAAGCACGAUGUAGAGUUACUAUUAAGAAAAGAUUAUCUGACUGUUUUGUUAUGGGAUCUAGACUAGUUAUUAUUCUUGAUGAUCUUCUGUGGGUUUUAACUGACUCACAACUUAAAGCUGCUUUGCACUUUAUUGACUCUCUAGGAGGAUUGAUUGAGAAAGCAACUGUUUUAGAAAGAAAGACUAAGGCUGCUAGAAAAUUAGACGAAUUACCAGAAUAUCAAGCUCAAAUAUCUCAACAGACAAGAACGAAAAGUGCAAGUAACACUGCUAUUGCAAAAAUAUUCAACAGAUAUGACGUAAUUGAAACGUCUUAUCAUUUCCUUUCUCAAAGAAUAGACUUGCAUCUUUGUGAUGAUAUGGGAUCUGGAAGAUCACUACAUCCAGAACUGAAAGAUGGAGGUGCAUUACAGAUUUCGCUUGUAAAGUUUCAAAUUGACUACUACCCUUAUCAUUUGGCUUUGGCUGAUCGUAAACAUUGGGCUUUAUAUAAAGAAAGUGCUACGCCUCAUAGUCAGUGGCUGCAACAAUCGCUUAAUUCCUUUCGCGGCCAAUUUAUGGAUCUCAUCGAUUCUGGGCGAACUCAACAUUCUCCAUCUAUUAAAACUCAGGGUAAUAUGUCAGGUAAUGAUAAAGAUGGAGAAAAUAGAGAUAAAGCAUUAAACAAUCAAAAUCAAAAUUCAACUUCUCAAGAUCCAAAAAAAUCAGCGGUACAUCCAAGCGGCAAUCCGGUAAAAAAUUAUGUUUUAGAACAACUUGCUAAGUUGAUGACUACGUGCAUCGUUAUUAGAGUCGAUGACUUCACCUUGUAUAAAGUUACGACGUCAUCUAGGAAAGCUAUGCCAAAGGAAUUCAUAACAGCACAAGCAAGGAAGAAACACGGUCCAGGUGAUCGAGACAGAUUCUGUUUACCAGAGGAUGUAAAUAUAUUACACGCCGAGUUUACUUAUUAUUAUUACCCUGGUGACUUGAACUUCCCCUUGCCACCUCCAAAAUUCUAUGUACAGCUUAACCCUAUACAAAUAAAUUUUGAUGUGUGCUCUUGUCUCUGGUUCAAUUCAUUUUUGCUCAACUUGUAUUAUUCGCUAAUGAAUAAUAACGCAAAUAUGGCGAGUUCUUCUUCAAAAUUUAUGUAUUUUGAUGUAAAAAUAGAAGCAAUAUUACCAAGAUUGAUAUUUGAAAGUCAACAAGACUACAUCAAUCAAAAAGAUAGGCCAAAGUCGCUGCAUAUGCAAACUUCAAGAGCUACAAUAACAAACGUCCGUUCAAGUGAAGUAUCAUCUAGAGAUGAUUUGGCUCAAUGCCUUCACGCCUUUCAAAUGGGUCAAAUGUUUUAUGGUAGUGAAUUUCCCAAUAAAUCUGGAGACUUCAAUGCAGUCUCUGAGAAAUUCUUAGAACAUUGUGCUGGCACAGAUAACAUAAGAUCUGUUCCACCAAACUUCACAAGUAAUACCGUGAGCGAAAUGAUUCGUCAGUUGAAACGCGAACUCUUAUGGACUGAAGCCAAAGACGUAUGGUGCUGUAAUUUGGAACCAGUAUGGGGAGAUUUCCUUGGAGCUCGUGCAGUUGGGCAAAACCGACCAGUGCCGUUUCUUGAUGCCUUCCCGCUUACCGUUUGGUUGCACAUGGCUAAUCCUGGCACCAUUAUCAAACCCGGCACUGCGAAUAUACAUGGCCUUGCAUACAUUAGCAAUUUAAUUAGCGUGCAAAUCAAUCAUUAUCAGUAUUUAUUUUUGUUAAGACUUUCAGAAAUGAUAUCCGAACUUGUUACUUACUUGUCAAUAGACUCCAAUAAGAUAUUGAAAGUUGAAAGUGGAGGAUCUAUGGUUAUUGGAGCAUUAGCCCCGCAAGUUGAAGUCACUUUUAUAAUGCCAUCUCAAACUCCGGGAAAAGAAAAUUCUGGAGGAGAUCUCGAGUCAGUGGUUCCGGAUACGUCAAGUAUAAUCGAUGAUAUUGGUGGUUCGACUACUUUGUGGCAACACGCGGUAACCGCUCGCGUCGAUUAUAGCAAUAAGCGUAUGAAUACGAGCAAUGAUAUCGAAACACCACAAAGCGAAAUGUCCUCAAUGUUGUCAUUCGAUUUUGCUGGUGGCCAUGUCAACAACACAGCUACUAUUUCUCAAACCGUUGUUACAUUUAAGCAACAAAAUGGCUCAGAAAAAGAAGAAUUAAAGUCCGUUGGUGAGAUGAGUGCAGUAGAGCCAGGACCUUGGUUGAAAAACAUUCAGACAGAAAAAAUAAAGCUGGCCAAAGCCGAUUCAAUAUCGGGAAUAAUUCCAAAUAAUUUUAACGUCAACCUGUCCUCAAUGAAAAAAGGCUUCAGCAAUUUCAUGACGUCUUUAGAUUCAGCCUUGAAACCGUCUCCAGAAGAUGGCAGUGAUACGGUUUCAAUGCAGAGCGACGUGAGCUCAGAUAGUGAAAAUUACAUAGUCGUCUCCUUGGAGGAUCAAGAGAAAAUUGAUGCUGCUUUUAAUGUAGAUAACUCUAUUAGAAUAACUACCGUUGAAGAAGCAAGCGAAGUUGUUGAGGAAACACCGGAUACGCAGAGUGAAAAAUCUUUAGACAGUAUGUGCAAGAGAAAAGAUUUGGUUUCGAUGACAACUUUCAAACUGUCAAAAGUUGAAAUUGUACAGCAAUCUUCAGGUUUUUCUUCAGCAAUCAAGGUCCAAGUAUGCAAUUUUGCUAAUGACGAAUGUUCAUCUAUACCAUGGGAUGAAUUUCAGGCCAAGAGAAAGACGAAAUUCAGCUCUCGGUCGCGUGGUUGGGUUGAGUUGCCAUCGGAUUCAGACUGUCAUUCUCGCAUCAAGCUUCGCCUGGAUCACGAUUUGAAGAAUAAAGAUGACGCUAAGCGUAUCUGGGAAACGAGUCAACAGGCGAUGAGUGACUGCACUGGUAGCAGAUCUUCGCAUAAUCAAAGCAUCAUAAACUUCUAUGACAAGGAUGCCAUUCUUGGUUUGUUCGAGGACAAUAUCGAUGUCAAAGUUGCUGAUGUCUCGGUCACCAUGUCUAUAAGUUUUAUUACUGGCUUGGCGGACUUGAUUGAAGACGAAGUUAUUCCGAAACCAAUACCAACCAAGAUAUUACUAGAAAAUAUAACAGUACGACUAAAUGAAGAUCGCCCACCCAAUAAUAUAACGUCACCUGGACCAAUUCCGAUAGAUUUGGACAUCUCUAAAUUAAGGAUAACAAGAGAUACGUCUGGUGUGUUUCACAUCGAACCUGCCGUGAGCAACUCUCUGAGAAACAACAAAGAAUGGAACUCAAAUGCAACAGAAGGCAGCUACGGUCAUCUUUCAAAAUUAGGGGAUCAAGAAAUGGAGUUUAAUGCUUUGAAGGACAUAAAUCACAAGUUAAAAUCCGACAAUGACGAGCUUCGUCGUAGAUUAUCAAUGAUAGAGCGUUUGUCGACAGAAAAUUCGAAACUUCGCAAAGUUAAAGAAGAACUGCAAUCGAGUCUGAAUGACGCUCAAGAAGACAUAUCCGUACUGAUAAAGGAAAAAAGAAUAUUACAAGAAUCUGUGAUUGACUUGCAAAACCAACUACCAGGUGGUGCGUUAGGUGUUAGUAGUCGAGGUUUUGCGUGGCCGAAUAAAAGAUAGCAUACCAGUUGUUUUGACUGUUCCAAUUGCUGUAGUUCGAGCAAGUCGUAACAGAUCGUGUCUUAUCGUAGAGGUCUGUAUAUAAUAAAGACUAUGGUUAUUAAUUUUUCGCUGGUGAAUAAAGGAGAGAAUUAACAUGAAAGUGGAAAUGAAAAAGUCAUGAAAGAAUAAAUUUUUAUUACUUCUUAUUAAACAUGUAAUCUAGGCUUUUACGCUCUGUAUCAAUCUUUACACUAAAGCAUGCUAGUGACUGCCAACUGUCGUUACAGAUCAGUUUGAAGAUGGAAAAUUCAAAGAAAUUUUAAAAAUAAUAACUGUCCUGAAAUAUUUGAAUAUCCAGCCGAAUCCACUGAUUUUACGUUUUUUGUACAAAUCAAUGGAUUAUGUUGCAAUAGCGUACAAGCUUUCAAUCAACAAUUAUAUUGUGCAUAUUAAUAUUAAAAUUGAUUAUAAAAUAAGUUCAAGCGUACAUGAAAUCAAAUAUUAUUAUGACUGAGACUUCAUUGAUGUGAAAAUAUAUCGGUUGUACACAAUGUGGUGAAUCCAUUAUAGGAAAAUAUCAAAAGCUCAAUAUUGUCGCAAAUUACAUAGAAAUUUAAGCCAUGCGUCGCAAUAAAAAAAAUAAUUUUCAAUAUGAAUUUUAAUUAACAUUUUUAUCACGGAUAAAUUAAUUUAGUAAUUUCAAAAAUUUUACAUAAAGAUUUGUUAGUGCGAGAACUGAGCUAUUCAACAUUUUAGCCUAUAUAAAUAACAUAAAUUUAGGAUUCUUGCAGAAUGGUUUGUUAAUGUAUAUUAUCAACUGAUAUUGGAACAUUUAGAAAUUAUUGAUAUUUUUUGAAAGCAACUAAAAGAAAAUAUUUAGUUUGAAUGUGUACAUAUGUAUAUUUGAGUAUGCUGAAAUCUUACUAGUAUGAUUUUCAGGCACUGACGGGACAUAAUUUUUAUUUCUGCAUAUUGUACAAGUUAUGCUCAUUAAUUCCAAUGCUUUUAAAUAUCUUUAAUUUUCAAAAGUCGACGAUAAAUACAUUAAAAUUAUAGUAGUGCAAUAAAAUUAUAAUUUAUGACUAUAAUUUCAAGUACUACUUGUUCACAAAUUACUAUUAAGUGAGUCACAUAAAAUUUAAAAUGGUUCUACAAAACUGUUUUUUUAUUUAGUAGUGCUAUUUCAAUCUCCAAUAGCAUAUUUAUUUUGUAGAAGCAGAUUGAACAAAAGACUGCAUAUUACGUUUGCGAAUUUUUUACAGUUAUUUAACGAAAGUCUUCUUCUCUUUCAUCUGCGAAACAAUUGUACAUGAAAGAAAUUCUAUAUAUUUACGUCGACAGAUUGCCGGCCAAUCUAUUAUUUAAAUAAUGCAAGGAUAUUUUUGUAGCGCCUAAAACCUAGCUGAAAGAUAAGUUUAAAUGAUAUAAUAUACAAAAAUAAAAUUUAGAAAACGUGAUAGCUGUCUGUUUUGUGUAUACAACCAAAACGUCUGAAACUCGACAUAUUGAUAUUUUCUUAAAAAGCUCUUCUAAAUUGUUGAAUAGUUGAUUGCUUUCAACUUGAAUCAUUGUUCUAUGUUAUGUUUAUGUAAAUUAGUUAUUCAAUAGUUUCAAAUAUAUCUUUACAAAAUGAUAUACUUGUUAUCAAAUAUUAAGACUGUUUUAUUUCUGAAAAAAUUGUUGUGAUUAUACUUUUGAAAGUUAGAUGAAGUAAUAUGAAAUAUUGUACAAAAUGAUUUUUUUUCGAUAUCGAGUUGAAUUUUAAUACCACAAACGCUAAGUCUCUAUCAGUGUGAAAAUUGAAGAAAAAUAUUUUUCAUAAACCACAAAAGGUUUAAAGUGAUAAUAAGGUAAAAAGAGAUGGCUUUUAUUGUAAUAAUUAGGUAACAUAAAAUUCUUAAAGAAGAUACAUUUCGUAAAAUAAAAUCGUUUAAAUCGUUAAACGAAGCACUUUGUUAAUUCUUUAUCUGCACCACUUAUAUGUGAUUCAUGUGACAUGCCAUGGAAUAUAUAUAUAGUUCUCCCAACAUAAGUACCCACUUCUCGAGAAUGACGGCAACUAUAAUUUACGAAAUGAAUCUACUUAAAAAACGUUGACUAUAAUAUAAGAGAUCAAUAUUUAAAAUUGAACUAAAUCAAAAUCGUUGUAUUCACUUGAAUGUUAAAAAAAUUUUUUCAUGAGUAUUGGAAUUGCUUGUUAUGAAUGUUUAAGGUGAUUUUAAAUUUAUUUUAUUAACAUGUGCUAUUUUGUUUAGUCUCUCUUUUUUUCAUUGUUUAGUCUCUUGAUGACUUAUCCUAUUUAUUACUUUUUGAGUAUUUAUUAUUCAAGAUUCUGUUAAAUAUUUGUGCUUCCUUUGUAAGUUUCUAUUAAUAAUAAAUUUGUUCAUUUAAAUUUACGUAUACGCCGUGUCAAGCAAUGUAUUUUUAUUGAACAAUCAGCCACGUAAAUAUGUAAGUGUGAUAUUUUUUAUUCGUGUACAUACAAACAUUUUUGUGGGCAAAAAAUGAGAGCUUUAUAAUGUUAACCAAUCUGAAAAUGUUUGCUUUGAAACACCUAAACUACGUGUUGUAACUAUAUAAAUUCAAAUAUUUUA